AACUCUCUAAGCAAAAUACUUUUACUCAUGGCCAUUUGCGAGGCAAUGAGUGAGGUACAGCAAAAUGAAUGCAUAACCAGUGUAUAUUCGUUAAGUGCUUCGAGAGUAGUUCUCAAGUGCAGCGAAGGUUGCGUGGGCGUCGUCCCAGACUGUGUGCCCCACUGUAUUAACGGUUGCCCGCCGCACAGCGUAUGCCAGCGACCGAAUUUCUGUGCAUGUAAUCCGGGCUAUAUUAUCAAUGAGACGAAUCCCGAUGUCUGGCCCAGUCUGAUGAGUUGCAAAUCCGCCUGUGAGCCGAAUUGCCCAGAUCAUAGCCAUUGCGUGGCCCAUAAUCAAUGUAAAUGUGACAAGGGCUUCAGGGCGAACGCCGUCGAUCCAAAUGCCGUGCCCAGUUUGCAGAGCUGCAAAGCGCAAACGACGCAACUACAGCUGCUUGUCUAUGCACUCUUGGGAUGCUGCUUCCUAUUUAUCACAAUUGCUGUUAUUUCGAUAAUUGUAAAAAGGAUUAAGGUCAACAAACUUGCGAUAUCUACGGAUGCCUCACGAAGUUCUUGGUAG